UGCUUUGUAUAAACUAGUAAAUCCAAGAAGGCUAGCUUUUUGCCCUUUCCUCAUCUUUUCUCCCAUUCUUGGGGGAAUACUGGAAACCCAACAAAAGGAAAAAAGUUUACAUAUAUAAUCACAAUGUGACUACUUCCAUAACACAAAAUUGAUCAGAAGGAAAAAAAACAUGGGCCGUGGAGUGAGCUAUGGCGGCGGUCGGAGUUCUUUGGGAUACUUGUUUGGUUCCGAGUCCGAGGGAGCUGGCCGGAGCAACAACUCUUCCUCUAGCUCCAAUAGUUCCCCAAUGGCUCGUCGGAAAGAAAACAGUAGCAGCCCAAUCAAGUGGGAGGUCCAAGAAGCACCUUCGGCCCAACCUAGUCCAAAGUCUGAGGAAGCACGAAGCAACAACCCUUCCUCUAGCUCCAACAGUCCCUCACCACCACCACCUACUACCAAAAAGGAGGAAACUGCAAGAAGCCCAGUGGCUCGUCGGAAAGAAUUCAGUAGCAGCCCAAUCAAGUGGGACGUCGAAGAAGCACCUUCGGCCCAACCCGGUCACCUGAAAAACAACUACUAUAGGUCUGAAGGCCAGAAUUGUGGUAACUUCAUUACGGACCGACCGACGACCAAGGUUCAUGCAGCUCCAGGAGGAGGGUCCUCGUUAGGCUAUCUAUUCGGCGAUCCUAACAAAAAAUGAUGAAUUCUUGUCCAAACAAAAUGAUUUGGUGGAUGUGCUUAUUGUAUUUUGAUUGUAUACUUUGUCACCAAUAAGUUGAUCUAAAAUACAAAAUUUAAUGGCAAAUGACGGAAAAACAAUUGUUAAUGCAGUAAUGCCCAACAUUGAUUUUGCAUUCUAUCUCAUUCAUUUAUGUUUUUCCAUUAUAUUUAUUUUUUGGACUUUGCUACGGUGACAUGCAUGUCACGGUGACAUGCACUUUCCGGUCGACCUCAUAUAGGAUCAGGUCGACCUAAUCAGUUGUUUCAGUGUACAAACAGUUUCAUGGUGCCUACUUUGGAGAUUCAUAUCUUACAAUUGGCUAGAUGGAAAU